UUUAUGUGUUGACAUUUCUUGUUCUAGCAAAACAAUAACAAAAAGUAAACAUUUAACAACAAGUGCUACAUUUCACCAGAAUUUUCUUAAAAAUUAAGAAAAUUUCCUAUAAUUUAAAGAUUUUUAUAUAAAAAAUUAACGAAAAAAUGUUAAGUGAAGAAGAGGUAGCUAAAAAAGAAUGGACCGAACAGGAACGUUUAGAAUUAGCGGCGAAAUUAGAUGCCGAUUUGGAUGCUUUCAUAGAUGGUUUGGAAAAGAAACGCUAUGAAGAGGGCUGGCCCGAGGAUCGUUGGCAAGAGGAAAUGGAUAAACAUCCCUUCUUUAUGAAAAAAGCUCCCCAGCCGGGUGAUGAGGUACAUCCCAUGUUUGAGGGUCUGCAAAAGCUUAAAUAUGAUCCGGAAGAGAAUACUGCUGAAGAUUUAGCUUUGAAUUAUAAAGAAGAUGGUAAUUUCUAUAUGAAACAUAAAAAGUUUCGCAUGGCCAUUUAUAGUUUCACAGAGGGUCUUAAGGCGAAAUGUGAAAAGCCCGAGGUACAAGCUGUUUUGUAUAAUAAUAGAUCAGCAGCUCAUUUCUUUUUAAAGAAUUAUAGAUCCGCCUUAGCUGAUGCCCAAAAGGCCUUAGAAUACAAACCCGACUACACUAAAGCACGCUGGCGUGCUGCACAAUGUGCUUUUGAGCUGGAACGUUUUGACGUGUGCUCUCAAAUAUGUGAUGAAAUUUUGGAAUUAGAUGCUGAUGAUAAAAAUGCUCAGGAGUUAUUGAAAAAGAAUAAAUUGCGCAAAUUGGAAAAGGAACGCAAUGAACGUAAGGAGGCUGCAGAGAAAAAGAAAAAAGCUCAACGUUAUCAUCGUUUGUGUAAUGCUCUUGAAGAGCGUCAAGUUAAAUUCGAUGAUCAAAGGCCGGGCAAGCUGGUUAUAACGGAAGAAUUAUUAAAACCUAAAUUUCUACCUUUAGAAGAUUAUCCCGUUCACUUGGACGAGGAUAAUAAGACCUUAGUAUGGCCAGCGGCAUUUUCUUAUCCAGAAUUUUUAUACAGUGAUUUCCAGCAACAAUUGUCGGAGGAGGCAACAAUGGCCGAUGUUGUAGAUUCCCUAUUUUCUGAACCCUUACCUUUGGAUAAAACUAAUAGCUAUCGUCCUGACUCCGUCAAUGUUUAUUAUGAAAAUCGUAAAGUGGGUUGUGUCCAUAAGGUGGAUUUGAAUAAAACUAUUAAGGAAAUUAUACAAGAAAAGGGUUUCUUUGUUACUGGCGGCUCUUUACUGUUCUAUAUUGUACCCAAAAAUUCCCGAGUGGAACAGGAAUUUAUACACGCGGAAAGAAGAUGUUUUCUUAAAUAGAAAAAUUAACUAACAAAAUAUUUUUAGAUUUCCAGACAAAUUUAUAUAAAUUUUAGGAAUAAAUUUUAUAAAUACUAAGUCAA